UAAGGUAUGAUUUUUAAUUAGAAAACGUAUUCGAUCAGAAGAGAAACAGAAGGUUGAAAUCGACGCAGAAGAAAUCGACGCAGUAGGAAUGAACGACACACACACUUCGGGAAACCAAGGUAAACCGCUACCUUUGGAGGCAAAGAUCGCUUUAGCGUCGUGGUUGGGUGUCGCAGGGUUACUAACCAUAGUUGGAAACGGAAUUGUCCUGUGGUUGAUUUUCAGAAAAAGAUCUCUAAGAACAAUGUCCAACCUGUUCCUAACCUCGUUGGCCGCCGCGGACUUCUUAGUAGGACUUGUUAUAGACCCAGUGUGGUUAGUCGUAAGAUGUUUGGGUUAUAAUUCUAAAACCUACUUCGAAACCUUCAGUAGGAGUAUAGAUUACCUAUGGAUCCACACCACUGUGGCAACAACAUUUAACUUAUGCUGUGUUAGCCUGGACAGGUAUGUAGCCAUCAUUCAUCCUCUGCGCUACCACGAUUUUCUCACCAACAGAAGAUGUUAUUUACUGAUAGCUAAUGCAUGGUUUAUGUCCCUUGUCUUACCCUGCUCAAGGUUCAUGGUUCAGGAUAUAACAGCUUUAUCGACAUUGUAUCUAUCUUUUACAGUUAUGACAAUAUUAUUUCCUAUGUCUAUAAUCGUGUUCUGUUCUCUUCGAAUUUUAAAAGCUGCUUUAGUAAAUUACAAUAGCAUAAAACCGACGAGCAGCUGUGCGCAGAAUCAAGACGUUAUUAGAAGAAGUAAAAAGAACUACAAAGCUGCUAAAACAGUUAGUAUCAUAGUGGGGCUAUUUGUGGUUUCCUGGUUGCCAAGUCUCAUCACUGGUUUGGCGCACUAUUUCAGCAACCUAGUGUCUUACGACUCAGCCUACUACACUGUGUGGACGUCUGUUGAAACAGUGGCAUUUACUUCAUCGGCAAUCAACCCAUGGGUGUAUUGUUUGCGAAACGACGAGUUCUAUGAAGCAUUAUCAAGCACAUUUCGAUUUCUUAAAAGACGAUAAUUUGGAAAAAUGUUUCAUGUACAAUUCAGAGACUGUACAAACGUGUGGACAUUUCUUGAAAUAAUGGCGUUUACUUGAUCUGCAACCAA